ACCCACCUAAGCGCCUGUCUGACAUCAGUGUCUCGAACAAAGCCACCCUCAUCGCCUUGUCCUUCUCUUAUCCUUCCCUCAAUCAAAGCGGACAGACACUGUGCUUCCGUCACUUGACAUUGUAUACGUGCGCCGCCUGAUUCCGAGAUUGUCUUUCCAUAGUACCGACUGUACCGACUGUAUAGAGCCUGGACGUAGCUCCCUUCCUUAGUCCGUGCCUUGUUCACUCCAACAAUUGCAGAGAACAAAGCCGCUUCCCCGGCCUCGCAGACAGCAACCGCCCAAACAAGCACAAGACUUGCCAAAUCGCGCCUUGCCUAAUCGUCAUCGUCCACUUACCGCGUGAUUCCCACCCAGUUUCUGUUGCCUCUCAUCGCUUUCUCUUCCUUCCAUCCUACUUGGAAAUCCUCCUCUUCUCUCUCAAAAACCUACAGUCAACUUCCCGUUGACCCGUGUAUCAUUUGGAACACACACCGCGAACAUAAUAUCCUCGUUUCCCCUCUCAAGGCUUUCCAUCAGCCACCUGCUUCAUCCAGAACUUGAGCAGUGAACUCUGUAGUACCGAACAUCCUGCUGCCGUCCGCAGUCGUACUUGUUCUACACUGCGACUACCUCCGAAACCUUUUAUUCAUUCUCCCUAUCCCACCAUGGCUUUUGAACAGACCCGAGAUCUGCGAAGCAUCGCCCACGAUUCGAAGCGAGUCAAGGACCACAACCACAAGUGGGAGCUAGGAACACGCGCUUCGCCUGGCGUUCGGAUGGUGGGGAUGAGCGAUGAAUUAACAGGGAGCGAGAGCCAACAGCAAAAGGUUCGACCCAAGCAGUUAGGAACCCGAAAGCACUUCCGCUCAGCAAACAUGAACAAGCCAAACGUAGGCGGCUGGUACGAUGGCUAUCCCGCCAGUCACACGCGCGCCAAGUCAAACAUCCUAGUCGAACUGCAAGACCCUUCCAACUUGUCUCGGUCACUACACGAGUUACUCCCAUCCUCCUCUUCAGCCCUGCGACGACAGAGCGUGUCCGACAACUUCCUGUAUAGCUUCGACAAGACGGAGAGCCCGGGACAGCCACUGUCACUCGAUGUGUUCGUCAAGACAAACACGAAGGCGACGGAGAAGUUUGUGGAGAAAGAGUACGAGAUUCUGGACUAUAACGGAAACGCGGUCAAGGGCCGAAAGGCUCUCAAGGACCUGCACCGGGGCAGGACGGCGUCUCCAUUACCAGAGCCCGAGCUUGUCGAAGAUGAAGGUUUCGAACUUGUGUAAGCGGUCGAUCGAAUCGGUGGUUCUCAAAUCGGAACGGCACGAUCGCCUCGUCAUUCUGACUUCACAGCAUGCAUCUUACUCAUGGGUUCAAUUGUAUAUCUCUCUAUUUGGUUAGCGAUCGGGAUGGGGUCAGCUGGUUCUUUAGCGAAGCGCUUUGUUUUCUUCCGGCGCAGUUGACUGGGUGGGCUACUUGGUUAUUGCCUCUUGACAACUCUGCGCUCUGGCUAGUUUUCUUUCACGCAUUAGGAUUUGGUCGUGUCUUUGAAGACGUUCUGAUCGGAAUCCCCUCUCACGGCGUCUUUUGACGACGACUAUGUACGUCGUCGACCGUGAAUUUUUAUCAUCG